GAUAGAGGCAGCUGCGGCGGAUGGAUUCUGCUUCGACUUUUGAAAAUAAAAUCAAAAGUGGGAGUGUGAAGACGGUUUUUGGAGGACGGAAAAGUUCUCUUGGAAACUUGAGGACAUGCGGCGUCGUCCUCGUCGUACUUUCAACAAGAACAAGAAUGAAGUGACUUUCAUUGAGCCCACAUCGAGGAAAGAUGCGGGCCGCCGCCGCCGCCACAAUGCUGCUCCUGCUGCUUUGCGUCGUCCGUCCGGACUGCGGCUCCUGCGAUCAUCGGGACGGGAACGAUGUCAGCGGGAAUCUCGGCGAUGACGACAACGUCAUCGGGAACGACACGACGGCGGUGAAACGCGGCAGAAAACCGCCACACAUCAUCUUCAUCCUCAUCGAUGAUCAGGGCUUCAACGACAUCGGCUACCACAACCCCAGCAUCAAGACGCCGGUGUUGGACAAGUUGGCGGCCGAGGGCGUCAGGCUGGAGAACUACUACGUCCAGCCCAUCUGCACGCCCUCGCGCAGCCAACUCCUCACCGGCAGGUACCAGAUCCACACGGGACUCCAGCACUCCAUCAUCCGGCCCAGCCAGCCCAGCUGCCUCCCCCACCACAUGGACACGCUGCCCCAGAGGCUGCGCCAGGCCGGCUAUGCCACGCACAUGGUGGGCAAGUGGCACCUGGGAUUCUACACGAAGGCGUGCCUGCCCACCAGGAAAGGCUUCGACUCCUUUUUUGGCACCUUAACGGGAAGCGUGGACUACUACAGUUACGGUUCGUGUGACGGUCCCGGCGUAUGCGGCUACGACCUUCAUGCAAACGAGAGCGUGGCCUGGGGUCACGAGGGCAAAUACUCCACCACGCUCUUCACCCAGCGAGCUCGCAAGAUCCUCCAGAGCCACGAUCCUGUCGGCCAACCCAUCUUCCUCCUCCUUUCGCUGCAGGCGGUGCACACGCCGCUUCAGCCACCCAAGUCCUACAUCUACCCGUACCGCCACAUGGCCGACGUGGCGCGGAGGAAGUUUGCCGCCGCGGUGUCCACGGUGGACGAGGCGGUGCGCAACAUCACCUAUGCGCUACGUAAGGAGGGCUUCUACCGCAACAGCGUCAUCGUGUACUCCACCGACAAUGGUGCGCAACCCUUCACCGGGGGCAGCAACUGGCCGCUCAGAGGACGCAAGGGUACGUACUGGGAGGGCGGCGUGCGCGGCGUGGCCUUCGUGCACAGCCCGUUGCUGCGGCGCAGGAGGCGCGUGUCCAAAGCACUCGUCCACAUCACCGAUUGGUUCCCCACCCUGGUGGCGCUCGCCGGAGGAAACGUCAGCCAGAGCCAAGGACUGGACGGCUUCGACGUUUGGGCGACCAUCAGUGAAGGCAAAGAGUCUCCUCGCCACGAGAUUCUGCACAACAUUGACCCGCUGCACAAGGCGCCCGUGCCCGCCCACACAGGAGAUUCUCUUUUAAACAAGCCCAAGAAGAAGAAAAAGAAGAAGAAGAAGAAAAAGAAGCUUCUGAAGCAGCUGCCCAAGCAAAAGUCCGCGUUCAAGUUGUCCAAAGGCACAAACAAGUCUUACCCAGGCCUCAAAGCUCGUCCUAAGGCCCGGCGGGGCCACCUGGUCCCGUCCGUCGCGCGCACGUCUUUCCCUCGAGCCAAGGCUUCAAAGUCCAAAGCCAGGAGGACCGCGUCCCCAGAGCACAACCUGUCCUGGACCCGAACCAAGCCCCAGUGGCGCCUCAAGUCAAAGAGAUCUCUGUCGCGGUCUUCGCUCCAGAAUGCAUCCCGGACCGACUCCGCCGACGAGCCGGAGCUGCCCGUGUGGGACACGUCGGUCCAAGCGGCCAUUCGAGUCGGAGACUGGAAGCUGCUCACCGGUGACCCUGGCCACGGGGAGUGGGUGCCCCCCCAGAUCCUGCCGACGCUCGUGGGCCGCUGGUGGAACUUGGAGCGAGCGUUCCCAUCGCUCCACCGCCGAAAAGACGCGGAAGCGCCCAAAAGCGUUUGGCUCUUCAACAUCAGCGCCGACCCGUACGAGCGCCACGACCUUUCCGGCCAGCGCCCUGACGUGGUGCGUCUCCUCCUGGCCCGCCUCGCCCACUACAACCGCACGGCCGUCCCCGUGCACUUCCCGCCCGACGACCCGCGCGCCCAUCCUGACCGGCACGGCGGCGCCUGGGUGCCCUGGAUUGACCAGGACCAAGACAGCGAUCAGAACCGGGACCGAGGUGAGAUGGAUCACAAGGUCCAGCAGAAGAACAAGAAUAAGAAUAAGAAGAAGAACAAAUGCCGACUGUGCAAGCUCAAAGCCUUUUUCCUCAAACUCAACACUGGGAUGAUGUCAAGUCGCAUUUGAGCUGCAAUUAUUAUAUUAGUCAUUAAUAAUAAUCUGAUAUGCUGUGCAAGAUGAUAAUUUGAGCCAUUUUUUUUUUUUUUUUGCCUCUCUACAAUGUCCUUUUUGUUUACACCGGACAUUUAUUUUACAGUUUAUUCAACUUUUGGUUCUUGCCCUCAAAUUAAUACUUAAAGAUUUUUUUUCCCCUGCACUGUUUUUGCAGGAUAACUUUUUCUUCCUAAAAAUUAAACUUCUGGGAAGCAGUUUUUUUGUCUCUCCCCCCCCCAAGAAAUGUUUUUUUCUUCCAUCAUUUUUGGGCUAUAUUUUUUUGUCAAUAUGCCCCUUUUUUCUUCACAUAUCGCUUUUUCCUGGUGGCACAGUGGAGUAACUGGUUAGAACGUUAGCCUGAUCAUUCUGAGGACAGGGGUUCAAAUCCCAGCCUGUGGGGAGUUUGCAUGUUCUCCCCGUGCCUGAAUGGGUUUUUACCAGCCACUAAUGUUUCCUUUCGCAUCCCGAAAACAUGCAUUGAUUGGAGACUCUAAAUUGCCCCUAGGUGUGAUUGUGAGUGUGGCUGUUUGUCUCUAUGUGCCCUGCGAUUGGCUGGCGACCAGUUCAGGGCGUAGGCCUCUCCCCCUGGCUCCAGCACACCAUUGACCCUUGUGAGGAUAAGCAGGACAGAAAAUUGAUGGAUUUAUAUUUUAAGAUUAGGUGCCAAAUGCUGAUUGAUAAAAAAUGCUGAGCGCUUAAAUGAGCCUUUACUUUUUUUUAUAUUUGCUGUAUUACAUUCCCAUUCUAAAUAGAAAAGUCCACUGGUGUUUUACAUAUUUUUAAUGAACCUCAUGAAUAUGGAGGGUUUCAUUUCACUUUAUUGUAAUGUAAUUUUUAUUUUGUUCUUUGUAAGCAACAAAUACUUUUUCACUGCCAUCCACAAAUAGGUUGUUUUAAAUAAGCAUCUUUAUCCACAUAUUUAUUUUCUGGGAAUCAUGAAUGCUGCAUCUAAAUAUUGAUAUUUAUAACAGUCAUCAGAUGAUGUCAAAGUAAAAUUAUUUAAAAAAAAAAAUCCCCACAUUUGUCAUUCU